AGGAAGGAAGGAAGGAAGAGAAGGAAGGAAGGAAGGAAGGAAGGAAGGAAGGAAGGAAGGAAGCACAUUAUUAAACUUCUCGCGCUCUAAUCCAGGUGUAACGCGCGCGGCUUACGUGGUUGGAACGAAAACUAUGCGGCACGAUGAAGGGGCCAAAAAGAAUCGGUGGUGAUCUACCGAGCAGGAAAAAGUUGAACUACUGCCAGAAGGCGCGUCAAACUCAAGGAGUAUUACUGGUGUACUUGAGCAUAUGCGCGUUGCUGCCUGCCGCUAUUUUCACUGCGCCAGCACACAUACACGGAACGUCCAAGCAAGAUAUGCAGUGGCACGCAAACGAUGCUAAUAACAAUUCGACGGAAGAUCUGCCUGUUUUCGAGCCGACAGCAACAAAUGUUAGUGCGUUCAUAGGGCAAACUCUAUAUCUGCCGUGCCGCGUGCGAAAAUUGGGCGACAAAGUAGUCUCCUGGAUGAGGAGCAAAGACUUGCAUGUCCUUACCGUGGCGGAUUUGCUCUUCAGCUCAGAUCCGCGAUUCGGACUUCAGCACACGCCAGGCAGCGACGCCUGGACUCUCAGGCUGGAUGACGCCAGAAAGACGGAUUCUGGCAAGUACGAGUGCCAGGUCAAUACGGAACCGAAGAUCAUGUAUGCAGUGCAGCUUUCUGUGCGAGAUCCGGACAAACCGGAGGGCUACGACGAGCCGCAUUCUCAGCAGACGCGUAUAAGACUUCCAGGUUAUGAGAGCACAGCGCCGGUGGCGGACAUAAUGGGUCCCCAGGAGCAAAGGGUGCCGUCGGGCUCGACGAUCACCCUGAGGUGCGUCAUAUUGUCGCCGUAUCAGACCCGUCCCAUCAGGGGUGUACAAUGGCUUCGGGAUAACAAACUCCUAACAUUCCAGACACGCGGAGGGAUAACUGUGGAGACCGAAAAGGGUGCGGCACGUACAGUAUCCGUGUUAAUUUUGGCGCCGGUGACGCAAGAUGACAUCGGAAACUAUUCAUGCAGACCGACGGAGGGUCGAUCAGCGACUGUCACCUUACUCGUUGAAGAAGGGGAACGUACGGAAGCCAUGCAACGUGACGCCGGAUACGUCUCCUCCGGAAGUGACGUCAGGCACUGGCCCGGACUUUUGCUUCCGUUUUCGUGGCUUCUAAUACUCGCGCGCAACAGCCAAACUUUCUUGCUCUAGCACACAUCCGACAGUAUUUCACGCUUAUUUCUUGCCGUUUCCAACGUUGAAAUGUAUCAAAAAUGCGACCAAGCCGAUUUAGAUCGUAAGGUAGACUUGUAGAUCCCACAAGUAAAACAUAUUUGAAAAUUGUCUGGAUAUGCCAGGCGCGAUACCAAGAUAGUGUGUUGUAUGUACAAGUCGUUGUAAUAAAUUUAUAAUGCAGGGAUUAAUGCGGUCCAGUAAAUAAUUAAUAUACGUAUUGUUAUCAAUAAUUGCAGACGUACAAACACGUACAAACAAACAUAAACGUACAAACAAAUAUAAAAUCAUAAAGUUCGAGAAGAUUAAGAUAUUCAAAAAUUGUAGCAAUUGUGUAUCGUAGAUAAAAUCUUGAGUAGGAACUGUAACGAGCUGCAAUACCGACAGUCGAAUCUACAAAUUGUAUCACGAUUGAUAAAUUAGAUUAGCGAGUAAUAAUAAUUAAAUUAAUCAAAUAAUAUAAUUGCUUAGUGUAUAAUGCGAACGAGGCACUGAGUAGGAUAAAGAAAUAGCAUGGAAUUUUCACGAAUUUUCUUUGCUAAUUAAAGCACAAAAGAAAUCGUACAUCUAUUCAGUUCUCUUGAUCGCAUUAUCAGAUGACAAGUAGUUUGAGGGAAUUUAAUGCAAAUGGUGAUGGGAAAAUAAAGAUAA